GACGUCCCAUCGUGUCCGAAGCGAUUGGAUUAUCUUUGGGUUAAAAGUGGCGCUGAAGAUGUAACAUCCGAAAGUCGUCCGCCAGCUGAGAGCAGUCUCAGCUCUAUCAGUGCUAGCAGUAGCCGGUCGAGAUCUCAAGAGGUCCUCAAAUUGGCUCAUCAUUCGGUUAUGAUGGUGACGAUCGCGCCCGCCCAGUUGUGGCGAGCAGAUGUACCUCUGAGAAGUGCAUGUGCUAAGGCUAUGCUCAGCGGUGAUAAGAGGGAAGAACGAGGGUUGAGGAGGCAGAUCAAUAGUCACAACAC